AUGCUCCUCAGCUUUAUCAUUUUGGACAAUGACAUGCUGAUGCCUGGCCCCAUCACAAUGCAGCUGCUUGAGGCGCUCCUGCCACUCUUUGACCACGAAAAGGAAAAAAAGGCCCUGAAGACACCCCUGCGCCAGAGCCUGCUGCCCCUCUUCUUCCACUGCCAUGAUGAGAAGCGGCUUGUGGCACAGGCUUCUCAGGAAACGCUGCUUGGUGUGGCCGAGUUCCUGAAGAGAAGGGAUCUUGAAAGACUGGUGAAGAGGCAGAAUCUGUGGAUGUUCAGCGAGUGUCUGCUGGCAGAGGACAGGAGCCGAGCGGCCGAGCACCUGCGCCGGGCCCUGCCCUACCUGCGGAGCCCACAGGAGUCCCUGCGAGCAGCGGCCAUCAGGUUCAUGGGCAUGGCCGGGCGGCACCUGAGGGGGAAGAAGGAAGAGCUGCAGCUGAUCUGCACUGCCCUUGAACCCCUGACAGAGGACAUCAGCAGUGGCGUGUCGGACGUGGCACUAGAAACACUGUAUGUCCUCCGGGCACUGCAGAGUGAGCGAUAUUCCCUCUUCCAGAGGCUGCAAGAUCAGCUCCGCAGGGCAUGGAGGACACGGCCUCGUCUGGCGGGGCUCGGCUGGCUGCGCUGCUGCAGCUCUGCAGAGAGCUGAUGCCAGAGGCUCUGUCUGCUGGGGCCACCUGAGCCAGCUGGAAUUUUCCAUUUCUUUAAGAAUGUUCUUUGCUUCUUUUUGGUUUUUU